CUGGGUGACGUCAGGCUUUUCACACUAUGUUAAGCUAACGCUAUCUUAGCUAACUAACAUUACCUAAAUUUGACUUCUGUAACCAGUGGCCCGAUGGCUAAUGGUGCAUUGUGGUGAAUUUCUGUCUAGCUAACAAAAGAAAACUGGAUCUCAUCACAAACGCCAACAGCAUGUUCAUGUUAUUUAGCUAACGGACUAGUGUGAUAGCUAGGGCUAGGUAGCUAGCGUUAGCUAUCCUAGCUUUCUCGGUCAGUGCGAACAUCUCAGUCACCUAGACACUGAGCUGCGUAGGUUAGCUAGUUGGUAAAUUAAACAUCUUUAAACAGGUUUGAACUAGUCAUGGAAGCGGCAAGAUCUGCACAUGUCUCUGGACCAAGGGAACAACGUGGAGAGGAGAAUGCAGAUGGAAAGGAUUCCAGUAAUGAUGCCAAAACACACUUUCGAGUCUGUCGCUUCAUCAUCGAGACAGGAGUGAAACUGGACAUGCGGUCUGUACCUGUGGCCACAGCUUGUGCACUGUACCACAAGUUCUUUCAAACAGCCAGCUUGCAGAUCUUUGAGCCCUACCUAGUAGCCAUGUCCUCCAUUUACCUUGCGGGUAAAGUGGAAGAACAGCAUCUCAGAACAAGGGACAUCAUCAACGUCUGCCACAGAUACUUUCACCCAGGAAGUGAUCCAUUGGAGCUGGAUAGCAAGUUCUGGGAGAUGCGGGACAGUAUAGUGCAGUGUGAGCUGCUCAUCCUCAGACAACUCAACUUCCAAGUGUCCUUUGAGCAUCCCCACAAGUACCUGCUGCACUACCUACUCUCUGUGAGGAAUCUACUGAACCGGCAUGCCUGGUCUCGAACACCCAUAGCUGAGACAGCCUGGGCUUUGCUCAAAGACAGCUACCAUGGCCCAGUAUGUGUGCACCAUCGGCCACAGCACCUCGCACUCGCUGCGCUCUACCUCGCUAUGCACACAUAUGGAGUCCAGGUCCCCGGAGGGGAAAGGGAGUGGUGGCAGAUUCUGUGUGAGGACAUUACCAGAGCUCAGAUCGAGGCCAUAAUGACUGAACUGCUUCAGCUCUAUGACAUGGAGGCCAAGUGCACCUGAGACAGUAUUAACAGUGAAACAGGCCAUACAAAUGCAGCCUGGAGCCGCCUUUUCCUCUACAGCCUCCCCUGGGACCUCCAGGGCUGUUGGUCCAGCUCAUGGUCUGAAUUCCAGACCUGGUCCUUCUUGAGCACCUUGUGAUUCAGAAUACUACAGCUGGACUUUGCUGCAACCAGUGAGGUCGGCCUGCACCAUCAAGCAGACAGGAGGCAGGGCAUCAUGGUGUGGUUGUGAGAGUCUCCAGGUGGCGGUCUUAAAUCCAGGGUUUGGCCACAGCGCAUCAGUCAGUUUCCAAGCCCAUGCCCUACUUUUUUGUACCUUGUUCCAUUUUCUCAGGAAGGCAAAAGAGAGAGAAAGUAAAGUGUGAGGGUGAAAAAUUGAGUGCCGCAACAGUGCCAAGCUAUCCCUAGAGCUGAACUGUGACUUGGGAUAUAGUAGCCAAAAUCUGGGGCAGUGCUUUGAUAUUUUAUAAUUUAAUUACUCUCUUCCUUUCCCAUUAGACCAUAUCCCUGUGGUUCCCUGAAGUUAUGUUACGGUAUAGUGUGAUACUGUAAAUUGUGGUUGUGUCAGACAGGUUUGGGUUAUGUCAUACUCCUAAUUGGCUCAUUAAUCCAAGUUGUUUCUUUGACUGUCACAAGGCUUUAGAGACAAACAAUGCUAUGAGUGUGUACGUAUUAAUGUGUAGUUUGGCUCUAAAGACCCAGAGAGUGUGCUUGGUGUAGUCAAACUGCCCCCUAUUUGUCCCUUUAAUGAUUAAAACUUUUGUCUGCUCUUGCUGAGUCACCCACAGCCCAAGCAAAUUUUGCUGCUAGUAGAGAAUACCUACUGUCUGAUCAGGUUAUUCUAGCGCAUGCAAACUGUCCCUGCUCUGGUGAUUUAAAUAGUAAUUGAACUGGCUAAAAGUUGAAUUUGCUACUUUACAAAAGCAGUAAAUAAUUGCAUAUUUAACGUAUUUGGAGUAAGACUACUAUAGUUUCAAAUUAAUCCAAAUUAUGCUUUUAUUCCACCGAGCCUCUACAGCAGUUCAAUGUGUUUUUUUAGGAGUUGUAAGUCAAAUACUCAAUUAUUUCACCCCAUUUCAAUACAUAAUAAAAUCAUUAUAACUAAGUAA